CGUGCAGUUACAUUGAGCCGGAUGCACACUGUAAAAAUCACUCUGAUUACUCAUUUCGGAGUGUUUUUACUGUUUUUAUCGCUUGACGGGUACCGGGGAGUGUUCGGUUCGUUCGCUUUGUUUUUCGCCGCAAAUUCGCCUUUUCCGUUAACCGUGAACGUUGUCAGUUGAUCAUUUCGGUUGAUUUGUUCAUUGCCUGCAGUUUGUGCAGUUUUCUACUGGCUGCACGUGCCCAAAUCCGACGUUCUUCAACCCAAUCUGACGCUGUUGUUAUGAUUGUCAGGUUAUGUUGUUUUGGUAAUUCCACUCGACGAUAUCAACAGGGGAAUAUCAGUUUCCAUGACCACGGACUAACGCUCUAUAAAUAAUUGAUGGCUUCUCUAUUCGGAAACCUACAGUUCGGCUCUAUCGUCACAGACUUGUUGCCUAUUCACUUUGAGGAAGCAUUUAGAGCGGAGCGCGUCGUGUAUUUUAGUAAGCAAUUGAGAGCGUCCAAGUGUCGGCUCGGCUGUAAAUGUUUUAGUUUGAAGAUAAUGUCGGCACUAAGUGGACAUAUUGGGCGCAGUGCAACGAUCCUGCAGAACCUGAAAGGGCACACGAGCGACGUUAAUUGUUGCGAUUUUGCGCCUAAUUUUACACUGGUUACCGGAUCAAGUGACAAAACCGUGAGAGUGUGGGACUGGAUCAGCGGCUCUGGAUAUGUGGAACGUCCGCAAUCUCCGCUGAGAGUCCACAAGUACCAAGUGACUUGUGUGCGGAUUUCGCCUCAUGGUUCCAUGAUGGCGUCAUCAUCAGUCGAUGGUACCGCUUUGCUUUGGAACCUGCAUUCCCUCACAAAACUGCAUACGAUGACUCAGGUCAAUGGCGAUGCCAUCAGAGUGUGUAGCUUUUCACCAGAUAGCACCUUACUGGUCACUGCAGGAGACAAUGGGGCUGUAUGCAUUUGGGAUUUGGUCCAUCGAUCUUUGAUCAGGACUCUUUUUGAGCACGAAGGAACCACACAAGCUCUGGUUUUCACCCCAGAUUGCCAGUUUUUGGUCACCGCGUGCUCAUUGGAAGUAGUCAAAGUGUGGCACGUUCAAGACCUAAUUGACACCACCACAGAAACACCGUGCAGCCCUUUAACUCGCAUCGAUAAUAUUCACGAUAUGGGAGUGUUUUCGAUUGAUAUUUCCAAACAUAUUGAAGUCGAUGAAAACAACCCCCUGAUUCGAUAUUACAGUAUGGCAAGUGGCGGCUGUAACAACGAACUGAAACUUUGGACAAUCAGAUCGAGAGUGUCGGCAAAAAAUAAAAAUCUCACCCACAUCGAGGUAUCAAUUUGCCUAAGCAAUGUGCUGGAGGGCCAUGCUUCUUCAGUGACUUGUGUAAGGUUUAGUAAUUCUGGGCGGUAUUUGGUGUCGAGUAGCUUAGAUAAAUCGGUGAAGGUUUGGGACACUAACAAAGAUUGCACAUGUUUGGUAACCUUGUAUGGCCAUCAGAGAUAUGUUAACUGUGUGGCAUUUUCGAAGGACUCUAACAUUGUGGUUUCAGGUUCCACAGGUUCCAACGAUAAGCUGGUCAUUGUAUGGGAUCUAACGGGCAAAAUAUCACUGAAUAAUGAACUGUUUGCGUUGAUCAAUUCAAACUCAAACGGUGUGGUCGAAACGCAAAUCAUGGACACGACGAAUCGAGACAGCAAUGAGUGCAGUUUAUUAGAAAAAAUCGACGAUAUUUUCGAAGGCGGUGUGAAUAGUUGCUGUUUUAAUGGAAAGGAGUUAUUGGCCACUGGAUCGGGGGACAAAUUUAUUAGACUGUUUAAAGUCGGGGAGGAAAACAACAACGUAGAAGAAUUGGGUAAUUCUCCAUUGGAAGGUCACACUUAUGCAAUAAAUCAUGUAGAGUUUUCAAAGAAUGGCGAUAAAUUAGCGUCGUCCUCCUUGGAUGGAUGCACUUUUAUAUGGAACACCCAGACCGGCGAAAAAUGUCUAUCAGUCCCAAAAAACGGCUUAUCCAUUAAAGUUUGCCGAUUUUCCCCAAAUGGCAAGUUCAUAAUUACGGGUGGAGACGACGAGAAAGCCGUCAUUUGGAACGUGGAUACAAUGGAAGCAAUUUCCGUAUUGGAGGGACACCUGGAUACCAUAACAUCCGCCUGUGUCUCCCCCGAUAGUAAAAUCGUCGUUACAGCGUCUUGUAAUGCCGAUUAUCGCGCUUGGGCGGUGGAAACCGCAAAAUGUCUCUACAUUAAAGAAGAUGCUCAUGAUGGUGGCAUUCAGAGCUGCGAUUUUUCCGACAAUCUCGACCCCAUACCGAACACCAUAUCGGAUAGACAGUACUAUUUGCUGGCUACGUGUGGAAACGAUAGUUUGGUGAAACUUUGGAGAAUCAGCGUCGAGAAGUUGAACAGCGUGGUGAAUAUCGAGGUGAAACAGUGGCGCUCACUGCAGGGGCAUGGAGGCAACGUGAUCUCCGUCAGGUUCUCCCCAGUGGUAGGAGAGAUUGUUUGCUCCACCGCAACGGAUAGACAGUCCAGAUUGUGGGCAGUUUAUGGAGGGCAUUGCCUUUAUGUGCUGGACCACGACUCAAUAGUGACUUGCUGCUCAUUUAAUUCCGAUUGCUCACUACUGGCCACUGGGUGUCUCGAUAGGACUUUAUGGCUUUGGAAACUUCCCCAACAACUGGUAUUCCAGACAGCCAUUGCGAAUAAAAUGAAAAGCCGCUCUAAAACAGUAGCAGAAUGGUCUAAUAGAGAUGUGAUCAAAUGGCUGGCCGAGAUCAGCAUGAGCAAGAUUGCGCAAAAUGUGAGGAAUUCGGGAUUAAACGGGGAAAAACUCAUUACUUUAACCGAGGUUGAAGUAUGUUCCGGCCUGGACUUGGAUGAAGAAACCUCGAAAGUAAUGAUGGAAGAACUGAAGUGGCUAAAGAAACUCCAGCUAGACAUCCAGGCGUUUUGCACCGUCGAUAUUCCCCAUGAAUUCUUAUGCCCAAUCACUCAUGAAAUUAUGCGUGAACCUGUUAGGUGUUCGGACGGGUUUACAUACGAAAAAAACGCCGUCGCUGAAUGGUUCAUGUCCGGAAAAUAUACCAGUCCCAUGACUAAUGCGGUUCUCACAAAUACGACCCUGAUUCCUAACUUGGAACUGCGUGACUCAAUUAGAAAGUUUUUGGAGAGCGCCGAAGAAAAGGAGUAAAAAACUGGGUUUCUUCACUGCUGUUGUAUAAAUCAUCCUUACGUGCCUUUGGUAAAACCUUUGGAGUAAGUAAAAUAAGAUAUUUUAUUUUCUCUAUGGGUACAACGACUUCAAUCUGGGCAUCCAAGCAGAUAGCAGCUGGAGUCCGGUAAUUGUUGAGACUGUUAAAUCAUCUGCAAUAUACACUGAAGCUUGUUGCCAACCAAUAGCAUUUUUCUCGCACCUUACUACUUAAUAUAUAUAUAUUUACCUACGCACUUUUUCGACUUAUACACCUUGAUUGAAACCUAUAUUCUUAUAAUUAUUAUACGCUUGUUUUUCACCGGUUUCUUUGCGUUAUUUGAUACAAGAGUCAAAAUCUGUGAUAUUUGUAUGUUGUAUAACUAUUAUUUCUAAAUAAACUCAUUGUUUGUUCUGUUA